UACGACCUUUGACUGUAAUCACUGUAACUGAAAAACGUUGACAGAGUUUAGGGCCGUUGUCCUACUUGUCAAACUCCAGUCAGUGUGUGACGUCAACCACCGUUGCCAGAUUUACCUUUCACUAUGGCGGCAGUAGUUCAGCCACACGAAAGAAAAUGUGCCGUGUGCACAAAUGACUUCACCACACCAAAGAUUCUGCCCUGUGGUCAUCUCCUGUGUCAAGGAUGUGUCAUUUCCUUGAUUAGCUCUAAACUUGACGCCGGGUGUCCUCUGUGUACAUGUCCUAUAGUAGAGCUUAAAGGUAAUUCACCUCAAAGUGCAGCUGAUGUUGCCGAGGCCCUGCCUACAGACUCUGUGAUGAAGGCGAUAGUAGAAAGUGCUGGCAUGAUGGGGAAGGAUAACAUGUGCACUGUUUGUGAUAACCUCAAAGCUGAAUACAUCUGUAUGCAGUGUUUUGAAAAGAUGUGUGAAUCAUGUAAGAAGAUACACAAGAAGAUGGCAGUGAGCCGUAGUCACGCUGUGGAGAGUGUCAGCACUGUGACACCUGAACGUCUGGCUGCCAGCCGCCCUGCACUGUGUGCUGACCACGGCGACAAACAGGCGGAGUUGUUUUGUGUUGAUCACAACCUUGUCAUCUGCCAGUCCUGUUCUAAGAAACACAGUGGGUGCAAAGAUGUUAAGCCUCUCGAUGAAAAAAUGAAGUCAGCUGAAAAGAUACUCGGGUCAUUGGCAGAGGAAUUGGAGAAAGCAGAAGAAAACCUGAAGCAAGCAAUAUGGAAUUUAUGUGCGCGCCAGCAGAGAGCGGAUGCCACUAAAGACGAAAACAUGGUGAUAGUGGACAGUACAUGUGACCGUCUUCAGAGCAUGGUUGAAGACUGUCGGAAAGAAAUGAAGAACCAAAUCAGUCAUUCUAGUUCGAAAUUCGAGGCUUAUCUGAGUAAUGUCAAGAAGGACUUGAAAAAACGCUUAGGGAAAGUGACGUCACACAAACAUCUCGUGACGCGAGCCACAACAGUCAGACCACGUCCCGCGCUGAUACACGCAGCCCAGACUCUAACAGACAGGGUCAACAGCCUCGACGUCAAUAAUGAGCUGGAAGUCCAGCCUUGGGUGGAUCCAUCGCCAGAAAUAACAAAACACUGUGACGAUGUGGUGAGGCGAAUAACGGCUGAGCUACAGAGCCUGGAACUGCAGCCGACUGGGGUUGAAGCAACACAGGAACCAGUCCUUGUGUUUCACGAAAAUUGUGGGAGAAACAUUCGUCUGCUGAACAGUAACACGACCGCAGAGGUCGUUAAGCCUGGACGUAACUCCGACUGUUUGGUCUUUUCACGAGACGCCAUGGCUGUGAACAUCUUGUAUGAAGUCAGAAUAGACAACAUAAAUACGAAAGGCAAAGGCUGUUUAUACCUUGGUGUGACGAGAAUCCCUCCAGCACAACUCAAUCUACCGGGGUUGUGUUAUGACCUGAAAGAAUCUGUUAUUCUUUGGGAUACUGAUGUCCGCGUGAAUGGUGACAAAGUCAAGUCUAAUGUCACCAAUGCACUAGGAUUUUGUAAAGUCGGGAGUCGUUUUGGACUGAUGGUUGACUCAUCAAACAAUCUUCACUUUUAUGCUGAUGGAGACCACCAGGGUGUUGCAGCAAAAGAUGUCCCGCGGCCCUGCUUCGUCUUCUUUGACCUAUUCAACAAAGUCAUACAGGUGACAGCCCUUCCCACUUCUAGGAUGACUUGAAGCAUAUGUAAGAAUAAAGAGGAGAGAGCGACAAUAAAAAAGAGAUAAUACUUUUAUCGACGACUACACCGACUUCGGCAAUGAUUUUAUUAAUUAAUUGUACUCUGCGCUGCUGUGUGUUAAAAUAUUGAUGUAAAGAACUUACAAAAAAUACAUAAGACAAACUGAUGUAUUGCACUGCACAUUACCUAACCAAAACAAAACAAAACAAUAAUUUACUAACUUCUAGCUCAUCUAGAAAGUGCACAUUUUCUUCAUGUUUAUCUGCAUUUACUUCCUUCAAUUGUCCGACACGCUGGAGCAUGAGACGUCAUGCUACAUUUACUA